ACUCUCUUCCCAUAUCAUCAUGUGCGUAUUCCUUUGGACUUCCAGCCGCCGCUUUUGAUCUUUAUAUAUAUGUCUAGGUUUGUCUAGUAACAGAUCUUGAUCGCUUUACUCCAUUUUACGCAUCUAUCAUGCUCCCUAUCAACUCACCUCCACGAAAGCGCGCAGUUUCUCACUCUUCCUAUCAACUCGGCCACCCGCACGUCCACGAUCCUCUCCCGGCACCCAUCUCAUCCUCCACCCAACCAAGUACUCCUCCACACUCUUUGCGCAGGUCAGGCUCACGACACCCUUACGUCUCUCACAAUACCCCAGAUCGCAUCGUUUCCUCCUUUGCAUCUUUCCACAAUCCUAGUCCCCACUCUAGUCCAGUCACGUCCCCGUCCUCCGCACAUGCCAGCAGCAGCCGCUUUACAGACUCACGAUCAUCAUUCACAUCCGAAUCUGCCAGCGCUACCGUUGAUCCUCGCUCAGUAUUCCAAGAUAGCAGGGUGCCUGCAACGUCACAUUCACGUUUCGGUAUCCCUUCAUCCCAGGCUCUAAGCGGUCGCUCUAGAUCCAAUACUGAGUCUGAUCUUCUCCCUAUACACGGUGGCACUCACAAACGUGCGUCUAAAUAUCCAUCUUCUCCCCGUCCUCGUACCGUGCCCAAUUCACCAAGUCUCGCUACCCUGGAGACCCCCGAAUCCCCUGUUGCUAUGGGCAUCAAGUUCCUCCUCAGCAAACCUGCACUCCCGUCCCCUACCCGUCCAUCGCCACAGUCAGACUCAGGCCUCUCCUCACCUACACGACUCCCAACCCCUCCCAAGUCCAGACCUCAUCACCCUGAACUCGAUGGCUCACUAUUCCCUGGAUGCUCGCAUCCGGAGCAUCCUGCGAGCGCAAUCAAUUCCUCUUUCACCGGCCCACCAUCCAUAAGCCAAGGCUCCCAUUCCUUGUCUACCAAUUCCAUGCCUACACAGGGGAAGGUCCAUAAGCAGCGGAAUGUUCUUCGUAGGAAGCCGUCUGCAAAGGCCAAAGAAAGAAUGCAACGAGACCUGGAAAUAAAACAGAAAUUGACAUCUGCUUCCCCCUCACAUUCUGUCCAUGGUUCUGUGUCCCAAGAACCCUCGUUGACACCUGCAAAUCCUGUUGCUCAGCCACACAAGCAACGACACGACAGAUCAUCUGUGCAUCACAUCGAAGGACCUUCUGAAGUUGACCUUCGAUCGCCUUCUCCAGUCCCAUACUAUACUGUCUAUGGCACGCAGUCCGAAUUCAGGAUCACUGCCGGAGGGCCGGAGGAUAACAGGAAUUGGUCGUUGCACGCUCAUCUCCUUGCCGAACAGACGCCCCAAACGCACCACUCUGAGCCGAGUAGAAGUCUUACGAGGAAGGGAAGUCUCUCGAGAAGAAUGUCGAGUAAAUGGAAGAAAACAACGGGAGGAGGCGUUAAGGCUGACGAGUCUCCCUCGCGUGACCCUUUAAAUAGCCGAUCAAGUUUACAAGACAGCCGCUCUUUCUACUGUCUUAAAGACCGCGGACAGUUUAAAAAUGAAGGAGAGCCUGCUAAGGGGCACGUCCGCUCAUCGACCGACCUCCAGGGCAAGUCGGAGGGUUCUAAGAUUUGGAAGCUCAUGAAGCGGAUCAGCACGGGCGGGCUUCGCGAGCGCUUCCAUGUUGAUACGGCAGCACCACCUGUUCCUGCCAUUCCAAAAGAACUACUCGACACUCCUCCCCGGUCCCAGACCGUGCAAAGAGACGCGCAGGCUAUGUCACAAAAAUCUUACAGCGCAUCUAUGCCAAGGAGUAUUGUUGGCUCAGGCCCACGGCCGAGUAUGGCAACUUCCUCGUCUUCUCCUAAUUCAUCCGAAAUGGCUUCGGCAAGUUUCUUUCAUAUGUCACACUCGAGGGGAUCGUCUGUGUCCUCAUAUGGAGAAGAGACUAUGCCGGGUUUUUCCAGCAUGGGGGAUCGUCAUAUUGUCUCCCCACGGGAGCUCCACCACAUUUUGGAUGAUUACACAGAAGUGCAGGGCUCGAUGUCGCAUUCUGGCAGGCCCAGCAAUUCUAGCGAUGGAAGCCAUUCUAGCGUUCGAAGCCCUUCUGGGCGAGCCACGCCGACUGCAGAAGGCAAGGCUGACGAUCAGCACCAGGAAACCUGGUCACGUAUCCAUACAUCCCCGAUCACGAACUCCAUUCAUUCAUUAACGUCUCUCAGAACUCGCAGGCUUGGCGAGAAGCCGUCUACACCCGCACACGCUCAUUUACUUCCCGAUGGAAAUACCUCACUUUCUCCACCACCACGACUUGCUCGAGACGCGGCGCGCUCAAGCAGGUCCUCAGGGAGCGAACAUUCUCAUUCCCGAUCCACAUUUACUACUGCUACUACUGAAGGAUCAAACUCACGAAUAUCUCUGCGGGCGCCUAGUGCCCUCAGCGACGCAUCUACUACUAAGAUGCGGACACGGUCAAGGUCAUCGACUUCCACGUCCAAAGACUCAUCGUCCUCGCAGCUCCGGUCUGCCGUUAACUACCGCGAACUCAAUACUCCCCGCCGUCCGCCUCUCACAGAGUGCGAGAAGGCUAAGAUUUGGGAUGAUCUCCUCGAGCGCAGUGCGCAAGCGGGAGGAACGCUCCACCUCGGUGGUGGUGCUGAACUUGAGUCAGAUAAUUUACGUUUUUCAGGCUACUCUGAGCUUUCACGAUGCACCGAUAUGAUACCCAACGACACAUCUGCUAUGUAAUAGUUCUAAUUUAAUUGAGCUAAUUAUAAUAGGUCUGGAGGUCGUUCAACGUUCCUUGUUUCGUAGUAGCAAUACCCUGUUGUCUGUAUAUUUGUUCAAUUUAAACGAUGUUGAUUGUCA